UGUGGGCGAAGAGCAAGGCAGCGCUGGGAACCCGGCUAGGGCUUUCCGUGUGGGCUGCGCCUGCUGGCCCUUUCUGUUUAGUCCCUUGUCACGUACUGGGCUCCUGCCCACAGCUUGACUUCCGCUACCAGCAGCCAAGGGAACCACAUCCAGGGGGAACCAACGCCCCUGGACCCUCGCGGCCCGAAGCCUAAGGUUCCGGCCCCUCCCCGGCAGGGCGGCCCCGCCCACACCCGUCGCGGUCCCACCCCCUCCACGGCCGCCCCGCCUCCCACCUGGUCUCGGGGCCCAGCGCCGCCGGCGGAGGACGGUAGCAUGGAGGGCGGCCUGGGGCUUGCUGUGUGCGUGCUGACCGGAGCCUCCCGCGGCUUCGGCCGGGCGCUGGCCCCGCUCCUGGCCUCGCUGCUGUCGCGCGGCUCCGUGCUGGUCCUUAACGCCCGCAACGACGAGGCACUGCGGCAGCUGGAGGCCGAGCUGGGCGCCGAGCGGUCUGGCCUGCGCGUGGUGCGGGUGCCCGCCGACCUGGGCGCCGAGGCUGGCUUGCAGCAGCUGCUCAGCGCCCUGCGCGAGCUCCCCAGGCCAGAGGGGCUGCAGCGACUGCUGCUCAUCAACAACGCGGGCUCUCUUGGGGAUGUGUCCAAAGGCUUCACAGACCUGAGUGACUCCACUCAAGUGAACAACUACUGGGCGCUGAACUUGACCUCCAUGCUCUGCCUGACUUCCAGCAUCUUGAAGGCCUUCCCAGCCAGUCCUGGCCUCAACAGAACCGUGGUUAACAUCUCGUCCCUCUGUGCCCUGCAGCCCUUCAAAGGCUGGGCGCUGUACUGUGCAGGAAAGGCUGCUCGUGAUAUGCUGUUCCAGGUCCUAGCGAUGGAGGAACCUAACGUGAGGGUGCUAAACUAUGCCCCAGGUCCUUUGGACACAGACAUGCAGCAGUUGGCCCGGGAGACCUCCAUGUACCCAGACAUGCGAAAAGGACUGCAGGAGCUGAAGGCAAAGGGAGAGCUGGUGGAUUGCAGGGUGUCAGGCCAGAAACUGCUGAGCUUGCUGCAAAAGGACGAGUUCAAGUCUGGAGCCCACAUGGACUUCUAUGACAUAUAAGCCCAUGCCUUUGGCUUCCUGAACCUUUUUGUCCCCACUCAGACAUACCCCAGAGCCCUGUGGCUCCCCACACACUGUCAUAGGGCAGUCCUGCCUUAGAUAUAUAAGCACUCAUGCCUACUGCCCUGCCCUCAGGCACAGCCAGCUGUGAGCGCCGGUCGUUGGCCUUAACCAGUUGUCAGCUAGGUGUGCUGUGCACCCUGGAUUAUGAGGAGGCUUAGGAGAGAGGUUAUGAGUAUUGGCAUCUCUGUCCCCAGGAAUAGAACUUAAGGGGUGGGAAGAGCAGGAAAAGAAGCUGGAGAAGAAGUUGUGUCUCCUGCUCAUGGGGAGACGAAAGAGUGAUGUGGUGUCGAAUAGGAGGACCCAUGUAGAUUCGAUGGCCUGGAGGGGAGGAAGUGUGCAGACAGUACAAGUUCCAGCCCACACAGAUGCCCCUUGCUGAGGGCAGCAGGGCCUUUUGCUGAACUCUGUCCUCACUGAUGUCUCCUCCACCAUCCCUUCACCAGGCUGGGAGAAGGGACUCCUGGGUAUCUGUAUACACCGCAAAGGCUGAUACAAAUAAAAUACAGAUUGCUUGGUUCUUU